AUGGAUACAUCCCUAGCGCAAGUCAGGCGAACACUUCCUGUCGAGGUCCUCGAGCUCAUAUGUCAAGACAUCGAGCAGAACGAUUUCCCGCCCGUCCUGCGAGCCAACAGCACGCUCUACAGCAUCGCUGUGCGAGUUCUGUACCGGAAUAUCCCACAGUUGCCGGUAGCACGCUCGAUCGCUUUUCUGAAGGCCAUGGAUCGUAAUACAACACUUACAACGUUCGUUCACGACUUAUUUGUCGACUGGUCCAGCUACCAUGUUACCGGAAACCUCCUUCGUCUACUGCGGCGCGUCCUCCGGCAGCUCAAGAACCUACGCUUCUUAUCUAUCGAGCUCUCCCCUCGAGACAACUUGGCCAGUCACGCGUGGAUAUUCGUCGACGGACCAUACAAGUUGCGCACAUUCGCGACAUCUACGCGCUGCGAUAACGCUCUCGCGCACGUACUGGAACAACAACCGCUUAUCUACGAGCUGUCGCUCCGUGGAUUCCAGACAAAUCUGCCAUUCCGGCUCUCGUCGACCGCGCUACCUCGACUCAACUCCUUCCGAUGUACCCACGCUGACACCUCUGUGAUCACAGAGGUGAUCCGAGGCCGGCCAGUCGAAGGCAUCUCCAUCUCGCUUUUCGCGGAUGAGGGGUUUGAACCGCUGGACACUCUUCGGCUAACGAGCACGCCGCUCAAACGACUCACCCUUAUGGCGCUCGACGAAAUCCCAGCCACGAAGAUACUCACACAAGUGGCGAUGCGGGCCAGCCAGCUUGAAGCGCUCCAUAUCGUUGUCCUACUAUCGCACUAUACGUCUGAAGGCCUCAUGGAAGCGGGUCCCAUGCUGUCGAGUUUCAAGGAACUCCGCUAUAUCACCGUAAUGGGCGGCCUUGGAGUGGAUCUCACCAAUGACCAACAGAUCGCGAAGGAGUGGCACAAGCAUUGCAAGACACUCAAGACCAUCAUUCUUCCAAAGGGCCAAGUGUGGUUUGAACGCGACGGAGAAUGGGGUUGUUGUCUUUGA